CGUUUAUCUACGGGAUUAUAAAGCCGCUGACGUAUCCCAUCUUACGACAACGGGCAUUGGCUUAGGAGUACUAACAGACCAUGGCAUGUUAGCUAAGAGGCUAUCUUACUAGAGACGUCUAUAUAAGCGGGAGCUUCACCAAUCUAAUCAGGUACAACGCAGGCCGUCGUACCUACAAAGAAUUGCACCGUUUGAGAAAAUAUACUCCAUCUGACAGAAACUAAAGGCCGGGGAGUGAAUAAUUUCCGGCUUAUAUCUCGGUAUAUCUCUGCAAAAUGUCAUCACCUUCGAGAGAACAACUCUUAGAGACCGCCAAGCUCUUCAUAGAGGCGUUCAACGAGUUCACACCCGAAUCAGUCGUGCGAUACCGCAGUACUACAUGCACACACCGAUUAAUUCCGGCAACCCUAAACUCGCCGCCACAAAGCAAUGCCGAGUACGCGGGCCUCAUAGCAGCGUUGUCAACCAUUAUGCCGACAUUCCAUCUCCGAUUCGUUGACGGAGGAGAACCGGUGGUAGACGAAGUCACUCGUAAGGUCGUAUUGCAUUUAAAGUCGAGGUCUAAUACGGCCGUUGGGCUAUAUGAGAACGAGUAUGUUUGGAUCUUGACAUUGAGCGAGGAUGGCAAACUCGUGGACGAUAUUCUGGAAUUCGCGGAUAGUUUAUAUACAAGUGACCAAUUACCGAAGCUGAAGAAAGCGGUCGAGGAUGCAGCUAAGAAGUAGAAAUAAGGAGUACCAUCACCACGGACCUGGUGCCCCCCAUCUUUUCAUCGAGAGCCCAACUUAAAGCUUCCGUUCUUUUCUAGAACCUUAGGCUAGUAGAUGUGGAGCUAUCAAAGACUUACAUACGGC